GAAGUGGCAUCAAAUGCCCCUCGACCAAUUGCAGUCUUUAAAACGAGGUCUGAAGAUGAAACUCAGCAGCAGGUUAGGUAAGCGGAGUCAUCACUACGAGUAGAGCUGACAACGCGUUCAAUUGUCAACUUUCGCCCGAAGAAGCCAUCUCCGCGUUGUGCCCAUUUUAACGAUUCUCUUCAUACCACGCAUAUAGAUCUCGUCUCAACACUGGGCACGUUACAGAAUUCUACAGCAAAAAUGACAGAGACGACAAACCCCAGCAAGCAACAAAACGGAGAUGCCGUGAUGCUAGAAACGUCGACGAGGGAUGAUGUUUUUGAUGAUAGUUAUAAAGCAAAAGAGGGCCCUAAACCACCGAUGAGACUGGUGUGGAGAAACAUCAUAUUAAUGUUUUUAUUACAUGUUGGAGCGCUCUAUGGACUGAUGCUCGUGCCCUCCGCGUCGGUCCUGACUCUGGCUUGGACUGCUUUGUGCUUCUUGCUCAGUGCCCUGGGUAUAACUGCAGGGGCCCACCGCCUCUGGAGUCACAAGUCCUACAAGGCCUCCACCCCUCUCCGAGUCUUUCUGGCCCUCGCUAACUCCAUGGCCUUUCAGAACGACAUCUACGAGUGGGCGAGGGACCACCGGGUUCACCACAAGUACUCUGAGACAGACGCCGACCCCCACAAUGCAGUGCGGGGAUUUUUCUUCGCUCACAUUGGCUGGCUGCUCGUACGCAAGCACCCCGACGUCAUCGAGAAGGGCAAGAAGCUGGAGCUGACGGACCUGAAGGCAGAUAAAGUCGUCAUGCUCCAGAGAAAGUACUACAAGCUGUCUGUGGUCCUGCUGUGUUUCCUGGUGCCCAUGUGGGUGCCUUGGUUCCUGUGGGAUGAGUCCCUGUGGGUGGGCUACUUCAUCCCGUGCCUCAUGAGGUACGCUCUGGUGCUGAAUGCUACCUGGCUGGUCAACUCUGCCGCUCACAUGUGGGGCAACCGACCCUACGACCGCAACAUCAACCCCAGUGAGAACCGUUUUGUGGCCUUCAGCGCCAUCGGUGAGGGCUUCCACAACUACCACCACACCUUUCCCUUUGACUACGCCACCAGUGAGUUCGGCGUGAAGUUGAACAUCACCACCGCCUUCAUAGACCUCAUGUGCUUCCUGGGCUUGGCCAAGGACUGCAAGAGGGUGUCCCGCGACCUCAUCUCGACCCGCGCCCAGAGAACCGGUGACGGCAGCCACAAGACUGGCUGAGUAAUGUUGUCUCAACCGCCUCAAACUGUUACGGACUUGAUAAGACCGAUACCAGAUAUGUUAAAACGGGCCAAACCAACGAAAGAUGGAAAGAUUGUAGCUGUAGUAAAUUGCAGCGAUGAUGAUGAUGAUGAUGGAGUUAGUAGUGCUGCACAUAGUAGUGAUCAGACCAGGUUCAUUGAUGUUUCAUUUCUGUAUUAGUUAAAAACCUAUUCCUGAGUUCCUCAGACUAAUAUUGGCUUUAAAACGGUCCUAGACCUUUCAGUAAAUUGUGUAUUUUUUUAUGUUGUGUUUUUGAAAUGAAUGCUGUGUGAGGUGACUAUUAGCCAAAGUGAGCUUAUAGAGUGGCAAGGCUGGGCAUAUUGGCACAGACACUGGAAGAGUCUUGAUUAGAGAGUCUUGUUAUCUGUGGAAUAGCCUGAAGUGUGUGUGUGUGUGUGUGUGUGUGUGUGUGUGUGUGUGUGUGUGUGUGUGGCGGAGCUAGAUGGUGUAAUGUGUGAAACAUUACACCAACCAAACUACCUGCCUGUGCCAUCUGUGCACCAACAAUGAAGAUGGAAGAACAUUAACCUCUAAUUUAUUCAUGUGCUAUUAUUAAUUAACCCUAUGUGGCACUUUUGAAAUUGUUAAGUGAAAAAAAUUAAGGAGUUUGGGGUUUCUUGACAUGAAGGCGAAGCAGGCAAGUUUUGUUUUGAUCACGUUUCGUUCAAUUCAGACAAAAAAUAAUCUCUUUGAUAUGUCAGGAUCGAUCUCUCAAUCAGUCGCACUUUGCUGACGUUCAUUUCAUAAGUGUGGAGUAGUCUUAAGUCCUGAGAGAAGUCCAGCUUUAGUCUUAAGUCCUGAGAGAAGUCCAGCUUUAGUCUUAAGUCCUGAGAGAAGUCCAGCUUUAGUCUUAAGUCCUGAGAGAAGUCCAGCUUUAGUCUUAAGUCCUGAGAGAAGUCCAGCUUUAGUCUUAAGUCCUGAGAGAAGUCCAGCUUUAGUCUUAAGUCCUGAGAGAAGUCCAGCUUUAGUCUUAAGUCCUGAGAGAAGUCCAGCUUUAGUCUUAAGUCCUGAGAGAAGUCCAGCUUUAGUCAAGUUCAAAAUGUAAGUUUCUUGAUAUUUUAUUUGUUUUAUCAAGGCACCCACCUUCAGUCUGAUUUUUACCGUAAGCUGCUGUUGAAACAGCCCUACCUACUUCAUAGUCAAAGUACUGUUUUAGCGGUCAUUAUAUACCAGAUCCUAUUCCAUAUAAGCUGGCAUAGAAGUUCACUUCUGCUGUGGCAUUACACAUGAAAGCACCAGUGGUCUCCUCCUGUCCAAGUUGCUCUUACCAGGAGGAUGAAGGAAGUUCUCCAAGUUUCAAAUGGCACCCUAUUCCCUAUAUAGUGCACUACUUUUGACCAGGGCCCAAUGUGGGCUCUGGUCAUAGGUGGUGCACUAUAUAGGGAAUAGGGUGUCAUUUGGGACGUACAUAAGGUCUCGGGGUCAUUUGUGUAUAAGAUGAUUUAUACCUCUGGUGUGGGUGAAGGUGCCUGUGACUUCAGUUGGUGUUUUUUCCCAUCCUGCUUCACGGAGACACCUCUGCACUGAAAUGUAGUGAAAUGACAUACUUAUCAGUCUUUAUUAUACAAAGAAAUACUUGUUUGUAUUUAUUUUUUACUCUUACUGCAGUUGAAAUAGGAAUAUGGGACUUCUGUCUCCCUUCUCCAAUAGGACAAUGUGGAAAAAAAGAGGCUUAUGAGAGCAUUUGCGUACGUGUCGCCUCUCGAUAUCUUGAAUAAAAAUAUUUUGUCAGGACUCGCCCAAGAUGCCUUAUGGAAGUAAUGUUAUGUACUUUGCUUGUAGACAUGGACAUGUCUAAAAAAAUAUGGAUGCAACAUAGGGGAGGGAAAGAAAGCGCCAACAAUUGAUGUCCAACCAAAUGAACACUCUAGGAGUGAUCGUGAAAAACUAUAGGAAUUCCACUUUCUAGGAAUAAGAGAUUUGCUUUGGUACUGGGGUUGUUAUUUAAUGACUGUCUUAAAAAACUAUAUUUAUACUUGAAAGAAUAUCCCAAGAUGCAAAAGUAUGUGUGUCUGUAUGUAUGAGAGAAUAUCCCAAGAUGUACCGUAUGUGUGUCUUAUGUAUGAGAGAGAGCUAGAGUAACGGAUAGCACUUAUUUAAAUUGAAAGUAAAAGGAAAGACCAUAUGAUUUGCAUCUAGGGAUAUUCUUUCAAGUAUCAGAAGAUUCUGAUGAGGAAUUAGGAAUCAAUUUUUGCAUAAUAUUUCAACGAAUGUUUUGGCUCUGAAGAAACAAGAUUCCAGAUUAGUUAUGAACUCAUCAAAUUGUAAUAAUAUUUGUCGCACUUUGGUCUACUUUUUUCAGUGCAAUUAUUUUGUACAGUGUUAACUUCUUGAAGUCUGAAUGCCUUAAAAAGAAACUGCCGCAUUUAUUUUCAAGGAAUGUUUUACCCACUGUAUGUACCGUAAAUAAACCAAAUUUUCUACAUGUUGGAAAGUAUGUUCUGCUGUCAGUUUUGUUGUAAUUCUGUAAUCUCUCUGUUCCUAAUUGAAUAAAAGACAUGUCGUUGUCUUAGCAUUUACUGGUCCCA